AUGCCUGUGAGUUCACACUGGACCCAAACACAGCACACAGAGAACUCUCUCUCUCUGACGGGAACAGAAAGGUGACAUGUGUGAGUGAGAAGCAGCAGCCGUAUCCUGACCACCAAGAGAGAUUUGACUACUGGCCUCAGGUGCUGUGUAGGGAGGGUCAGUCUGGACACUGCUACUGGGAGGCUGAGUGGAGUGGUAGUAGUCCUCAUAUAGCAGUGGCAUAUAAAAGCAUGGAGAGGAAAGGGUGGUGUACUGACAGUGUGUUUGGACAUAAUGACAAGUCCUGGAGUCUGAAAUGCUCUGGUGACAGUUACUCUGCCAUGCACAAUGCUAAGAGUACUGCCAUACCUGCCCCCUCCUCCCGCUCCAGCAGAGUAGGAGUAUACCUGGACUGGCCAGCAGGCACUCUGUCAUUCUACAGCGUCUCCUCUGACACACUCACCCACCUGCACACGUUCAACUCCACAUUCACUGAGCCCCUCUAUCCUGGGUUUUAUGUUUAUUUUGGCUUCUCAGUUUCCCUGUGCCAGAUCACAUGACCUCCUAAUUCUGCAGGAUCACCAGAGUCUGCAGAGGAGUCACACACUCCUGUUCAAACACCAUUGUGGAUGGAACAUAUUGAUAAUUAAUAUAUACUUAUACCUACAUUACCACAAGUUGUCUAGAAGGGUUUCCAGAAAAAAAACUCUGCUGUCAAUCAACAACAAACUAAAGAGGCUUCAUUUUGCCAAAUGUUACUGGGACUUUCAAUGGGACUGGGUUAUACGGACAGAUGAGACCAAAAUAGAGCUUUCUUGCAACAAACAUCAAAGGUGGGUUUGGUGUAGGCAGAAAAAAGCCAUACAGAAAAGCACCUCAUACCCACUGUGAAGUAUGGUGGCAGAUCUUUGUGGGGCAUGGUACCAAAAUACUAGCAGAUAUUAAAUGAAAACCUAACAGCCUCUGCGGGGAAACUUAAAAUGGGCCGUGGCUGGACCUUCCAGCAG